AAGGUCAGUCAGGUUAGUUUGUUUGGUUUGUCCAUUUGUAAUUUGGUUUGUAACCUGUACUCUCCUCAAAUUAGUGAAAUUUGUUCUCCCCUGCCCGUGGAUUAGCUAGCACAAAUUGUGUUAGUAAACCACGUUAAAUUUGUGUUCGUUCAUGUUGGUUUGGAUUAUCGAUUGCACGCUUCUAGUCUGACAAGUGGUAUCAGAGCCUUUGGUUGCGGUUUUGGGAAUUUGGCGCUGGACUGAAGUUUUGCUUUGUGGAGUUUGGUUGGAUUUUGUUUGAUAGUAAGAAUGGCUGCUAUCAGUAUGAAGAUUGAGAAGUUUACCGGAAGAAACAGUUUCAGUUUGUGGUAGAUCAAGAUGCAAGCGAUGUUGAAACAACAGGGUUUGUGGGCUCCAUUGUCUGGAAAAUCGAAGAAGGAAAGUAUAGAUGAAGAAGAGUGGAUUAGUUUGGAGGAGAAAGCUCACUCUACAAUCUUGCUUUGUUUGGCUGAUGACAUCAUCACUGAGGUUGCUACUGAGAAGACUGCUUCGGGCUUGUGGUUGAAGCUUGAAAGUCUAUACAUGACAAAGUCUUUAACUAACAAGUUGCAUAUGAAGCAACGUUUGUUCAGUUUGCGUAUGGAGGAAGGUAUAUCUCUCAGGAAUCAUCUAGAUCAACUAAAUACCAUCUUGUUAUAUAUGCGGAAUAUUGAUGUUAAAAUAGAUGAUGAGGAUGCUGUCUUAAUUCUGUUAGUAUCUUUGCCACAUUCAUAUGAGAAUUUUGUGGAUUCUUUUAUUGCUGGGAAAGAUAGUUUGUCGUUGGAAGAUGUCAGAUCUGCUCUACAUACUAGAGAGGUUCGACAUAAGGCAUCUGGUUCAGGUUCGGAAAAUCAGGCAUCUGGGUUGGCUGCUACCAGUGGUAGGAGACAACAAUCUGGUAAUAGGAAGGCGAAUACAAAUUCGAAUUCUGCUGGUUUGAAGGAUGAUAUCUGUCAUUACUGCAAGGAGAAAGGACAUUGGAAAUUUGUUGUCCUAAACUGAAGAAAUAUCAGGAGAAGAAGGAAUCAUCUGCUGCUGUGGCGGAAGAAACUAACUCUGAUUCUGAAGAUGGUUUAGCCUUAGCAGUAAAUGACUAAGAAUCUGAUAUCUUUGAGUCUACUCGACAGCAAGGGUUUCAGCUUCAAAGGUGAAGGUGGAGUGUUGUCUGUCUACAAGGGUUUUAAGGUGAUUUUGAAAGGUGUCAAGCAGGGUGCCUUGUAUAGUCUACAAGGUUCUGUUUUGACAUGUUCUGUUGGUGAUAAGUUCAGCAAGUUGGUUCUGAAUGACAAGUCUCAAUAUGGAUUGGACUUGCCGAAUGGUUUGAGUUGUUGACCGCCCUUAGGGGCAUUUGGAGGCAGUGGAGAUUCUGGUACAGCUGAUUCGGAGGAAUUGGAUACAUCUGGCAACUUUGGUUGCAUCUCGUACAUUUGGUAUUUGAGAGAGAAUUCAAGUCAAGGUGGAGAUUGUUAGAAUAUGACUUGAAUUUGAAUUGAUUUUGUUUUGUGUUUGGGCCUAUUUUGUUUGUGUUUGGGCUUUGUUUGACCUUAUUCCUUGUAUGUUUGGGAAAAUGUGUUUGGUUUUCUGCUUGGGAUUAGGAGAAGAGUUCUAUAAAUACUCUUCAUCACCCUACUCUGUAGUAAGGUCAGUCAGGUUAGUUUGUUUGGUUUGUCCGUUUGGAAUUUGGUUUGUAAUCUGUACUCUCCUCAAAUUAGUGAAAUUUGUUCUCCCCCUGUCCGUGGAUUAGCUAGCACAAAUUGUGUUAGUAAACCACGUUGAAUUUGUGUUCGUUCGUGUUGGUUUGGAUUAUCGAUUGCACGCUUCUGUUUUGACACAUGUAAAAUAUAAUAAUAAUUUGUGGACGGAUGCACGAUGCUUUUUCUAAAUGAGUAGUUAGAACUUAAAAAUCCCAACAAAAGCAAUAAAUUAAUUGAUGAGGCAGACAUGAUAUGUGACAAAUUUUUGUUGAUUAUGAGUAUCAAAUUGUCAUGUCUACGUUGUACUCUUUACCUAAUUAAUAAUCCAUCUUCUUUUCAACAUUAAGUGAUCGUAUAUUUAGUGUUUUAUUUUUUUAUAUUGUCUAUUUCGAAGUAUUAUUUAUAAUGUAGAGAUCUUUCAUUGCCCUUUUAUUCUUUAAUCAAUUUUUUUCCAAGUUAGGUCAUCAUGGAAAAAAUUCUAGCGUAGAGAUUGGGGAAAAUGGUGGGGAAAAAUGAGGCAUUAAAAAAAAAACUUAGUUGAGCACAUUCAGAAUAUUCGAACGAGUGAAUCCCAUUCAUCGUAAGAGUGACCCUAGAAAUAAAAAAAGAUUACAAAAUGGGUCAAACUGAUUCAUUACAGAGAUUCAAUUCGUCGAUCGUCACCGUCGGAAUUGAAAAAGCGUUCAUUUCACUGUCUCAAAUUGCCACCUCGCUCUUCAUUUACGUCGUAUUGUCCAUUCAUUCAGUUUUUUCAUUCAACGAACGUUCUAGGUCUAGCCGGAGGAGAGAAGGUGGCGGCCGGAAAAUAAAAUGUUAAUUUAAUUAAUCUGGUCUAAAGUCCAGACUUCACCGGAAGUUUUCUUCGGUGAAGACGAAGCGAUUGUCCGUUUCGAACGGGGCAAACGGCAGAUGAGACGGCGCCGUAUGGGUGCCGGUUGCAGAAAAAAAUAAAAACAGAAUGAAAAAAAUUAAGAGUUAAUAUUUUCGUAUGACCUGAACUUUGACAAAAAAAAAAAAAUCCUGGUCAAUCUUUUCGAUCUAUAACAUUCUAGCUACACCAAAAUAAACAAUUUGGCCAAAUCGACUUUUGACCGUUAACUUGGACGGUCAAACGCGUUGACCGUUAGUCAACGCGUCAUGCCACUGCCAAAUCAGCAUAAAAUAUUUAAAAUAAU